AAUGUAGAGGAGAUCUGAAUAUAGUCGGUUGAUGUCUUGGAUUUAUUAUUCUUUAAUGGUAUGGACCUCCAGCCCAAUAUAUGACAUAAUAGGGCGACAGGAGUACUAAUAAUAACCGAUUACAUAUGAAUGUCACAAGUGUAAUUACACUUCGUGGCGGCAGAUUAAUGCCAGUAUAAGUCAUAGUCAAAGCUACCAUGUGAGAGAGGACCAACUCUCUCCUGUCGUUAUAAUUUGUUGUCAGUCACUAAUGAGAAAGCUCCACGUGAAAUGAGAAAUGCUCCAUACAGCAGCUCCCUCCAAUCAAUAUUCUGCAGUCAAUAAGCUGAGAGUUUAAUGUUGUUCCUCGCUUCGUCACCCGACAACACUUUAAACUCCACCCAUCCAUUUUGCACGGCUGCACCGCCGGGGCUACUACUCCACAGCUCAGUGUGCCGCACUGUGAGAUUGACAGGCUCAUGAGACUGCAAAGCCUUUUCUACAAGUUGUCAAUGAGAAACUUCUUCAUGGGGGAUUUGUACUGAAGGCGCCAGUACAUGCAAUGGAAGUCAAGGUGUCACAGGCUCUUGGCAGCUCCUCAGGAUCAUGUCACCAGGAAAACUGUAUGUUCCUGCCCCUGCUGGAGAGUCAGGCCUCCAGCUCCUCUGGAGCCGACAGGCCUGCUGCCAUCAAUCCCACAAUCAGCCACUCAGUGUCCUGGUGCUCCUCGCUCGCCAACAGCACAGACACCGACCAACACUCUGGCAUGCACACCAGCAUCAGCGAGAUCCUGAAGGAGAAAAGCCUGAAGCCGUCUCGCCGCAGCCUGCCCUGCCUGGCCCAGAGUCAGACGCAUCCAAUCAACCUCAACCACUUCCUGUCUGUGCCCCUGAGCCCGGAGCCCAAACCAGAAGUCGAGGUUCUGAGUCAGAGCAUCAGCACCUCCUGCAGCCUCCUUCCCCCACAGACAGAGGAUGGCAAAGAUCACUACGUGGAGGAGUCGGAGGCGACUACGUGUGAAACGAGGGCAGACGAGUCGUUCCUGCUGCAGAAGCCUGUCUCCCGUGCUAAAUUAGAGGCCCGCACAGAUUCACUUCAGGGAAAGAAACGAGCUGGUUCCUCUGGACUGUUUUUCCGAGACGGGAAAAAGCGUAUUGACUACAUCCUGGUUUACAAGAAGUCCAGUCCACAGGUAGAGAAGAGGUGCACCUUUGAGAAGAAUCUACGGGCGGAGGGUCUGAUGUUGGAGAAGGAGCCCUCGUUGACGAACAACGACAUCAUGUUUGUGAAGAUUCACGCUCCUUGGGAUACCCUUUGCAAAUAUGCAGAGCAGAUGAACAUACGGAUGCCUUUCAGGAAAAAAUGUUACUUCACAGACUGGAAGAGCAAAACCUUGGGCAGCAGGUUUCAUCUGAGAUGUCGACAGAUAAAAAGCUGGCUCCCCAGAAAUCCCAUGAAGCUGGACAAAGAGGCCUUGCCUGACCUGGAGGAGACUGAUUGCUACACGGCCCCCUUCAGCAGAGCUCGCAUGCAUCACUUCACCAUCAACAACAGAGAGACCUUCUUUUCCAAUUCCACCAGAAGCAGAAUAGUCCAUCAUGUCCUGCAGCGCACCAAGUAUGAGGAUGGGAAAUCAAAGAUGGGUAUCAACCGGCUAUUGGGCAACAACACAUACGAGGCUGCUUUUCCUCCUCAUGAGGGUGGUUACAAGAGUCGUCACCCAAUUAAGACGCACGGCGCCCAGAACCAUAGACAUCUUCUGUAUGAGCGCUGGGCCCGCUGGGGGAUCUGGUACAAAUACCAGCCACUGGACCUCAUCAGGAGGUACUUUGGUGAGAAAAUCGGUCUUUACUUUGCGUGGUUGGGCUGGUACACUGGCAUGCUGAUCCCUGCCGCCCUGGUCGGCGUUUUUGUCUUCCUCUACGGUCUCUUCACGAUGGACUCAAGCCAAGUCAGUAAAGAGAUUUGUGAAGCCAACACUACCAUCAUGUGUCCUAUGUGUGAGGACACCUGUGAGCCGUGGACGCUGAGUGACAGUUGUGUCUACGCGAAGGUGACCCAUCUGUUUGAUAAUGGCGGCACCGUGUUCUUCGCUAUCUUCAUGGCUAUUUGGGCCACGGUAUUCUUGGAGUUCUGGAAAAGGCGGAGGGCAGAGCUGACUUAUGACUGGGAUCUCAUUGAUUGGGAGGAGGAAGAGGAGGAGCUCAGGCCUCAGUUUGAAGCCAAGUACUCCAGGGUGGAGAGAGUCAACCCCAUCUCCGGCAAGCCCGAGCCCUUCCAGCCCUUCUCAGACAAACUCAGCCGGCUCAUGGUGUCGGUGUCCGGAAUAUUCUUCAUGAUUUCCCUCGUCCUGACGGCUGUCUUCGCCGUGGUGGUUUUCCGUCUCAUUGCGAUGGAGAAGUUCGCUUCCCUCAACUGGUAUUUCGUUAAGAAGAACUGGCAGUUUGCCACGUCUGGCACUGGUGUCUGCAUAAACUUCAUGAUCAUCAUGUCUCUCAAUGUGGUGUAUGAAAAGGUGGCCUAUUUGCUGACAAAUCUAGAGCACCCACGGACAGAGUCUGAGUGGGAGAACAGCUUUGCUCUGAAGAUGUUCCUGUUCCAGUUUGUGAAUUUGAACAGCUCCACGUUUUACAUCGCUUUCUUCCUCGGAAGGUUUGCUGGCAGGCCUGGAAAAUACAAUAAACUCUUUAAUCGCUGGAGACUGGAGGAGUGUCACCCGAGUGGCUGUUUGAUUGAUCUGUGCCUGCAAAUGGGAGUCAUCAUGUUCUUCAAACAAAUCUGGAACAACUUCAUGGAGCUCGGCUAUCCUUUGCUGCAGAACUGGUGGUCUCGCAGGAAGAUGAAGAAAGGAGGUGGUGCAGGGCAGAAUGUAGACAAUAAAGCCCAGCUUCCACAGUGGGACAAAGACUGGAAUCUGCAGCCGAUGAACGCCCAUGGACUGGUGGACGAAUACCUUGAAAUGGUCCUCCAGUUUGGCUUCACUACCAUAUUCGUAGCAGCGUUCCCUCUGGCUCCUCUCCUGGCUCUGCUCAACAACAUCAUUGAGAUUCGUCUUGACGCCUACAAGUUUGUCACUCAGUGGAGGAGACCCAUGCCUGCACGAGCCACUGACAUAGGGAUCUGGCAUGGGAUUCUCGAAGGAAUCGGCGUGCUGGCAGUCAUCACCAACGCCUUCGUCAUUGCCAUCACCUCAGACUACAUCCCCCGCUUUGUUUACGCCUUCAAAUAUGGCCCGUGUGUGGACAAGGGACACCACCACGAGGAUGAGUGUUUGCGAGGCUACAUGAACAGCAGCCUGUCUGUGUUCGAGUCGAACAGCAGCCUGCACAGAUACUGCAGGUACAGAGACUACAGAGCACCGCCCUGGAGUGCAGUGCCGUACGAAUUCACCCUGCAGUUCUGGCACGUCUUGGCUGCCAGACUGGCCUUCAUCAUCGUCUUUGAGCACCUGGUGUUCGGGAUCAAGUCCUUCAUUGCGUAUCUCAUUCCUGACAUGCCCAAGGAUCUCUGCGAUCGCAUGAGGAGGGAGAAGUACCUGAUGCAGGAGAUGAUGUACGAAGCAGAGCUGGAGCACCUGCAGAAGGAGAGAAAGAAGAACGGACGGCGUUAUCACCACGAGUGGCCUUAGCUUCACCCACCCUUACAUCUCCGCAACUCGCCGCACAGCCCCUCGACUCACAGGCACAACCUCACCCCCCCGCCGCCUGCUUUGUCAUGUAUUCUAGCUUUGAGAGUCUAGCUUCACUCGGCUGAUUCUGUACACCAAAGACACCCCCUCUGGUAACCAGAUCCACCCCAAAACCUGUCUGACUCCAGGCCGGUCACUCCCCCGCCAUCUGUUCCACGUCCAGUGUUGGCGCUGUUCUUGGUUUUGGCUCCGGCCCGCCCCCGAUCCCUCACCUGGCUCCAUCCAGCAGGUUGCCCUUGUCUGUGCCGCGUCAUGGCUUCAGUCACUGGAAAAACCUGUGCAAUUGUAACGUCUACUAUGCAGAUCAAGGGCUGCAGAUCACCACUGUUCACUUUUGGCCCCCCAUCCUGCACUCUCUGUGUGUGUGUGUGGCAGCUAGCACCCCCACCCCCCCCCACCCGCUUUGACUCUGCAGUCUGGUGCAGCUCGCAGCAUGGCUGUGUUUAUCUCCCAUGAGCACCAGUGGGGCUGCUGCUCUGCUGGUCAUGUGAGAGAUCUCCUGUGGUACUCAACGUGUCUUGUUGCAAAAGUGAUUCUGGUGAUGUGGCUACCAAAUACAACGGACACUGUUCUUGCAAAGCGACUGUAUAUUGCCCUCGAAGCAUGCUGAUUAAUAUUUGCGGCCAUUUCGUGAACUUGCAAAGAAAAAAAAAACAAAAAACAAAAAUACAAAGAGCAGCACUCAUUGUGGAGGAUGUUAACAUCUAUUCUUUACAUUUGACGAAGAAUUCUCUAUGAAAUCCUAUAAAGUGCAUGGUAAUAUUGUUUUGUAUCUUUUGAUAGAUCAAGUCCCCGUCUUGACGCCUGGUUCACGUGUGUCUGUACGCAGUGUGAGCUCUGUGCAUUACUCGCUGUCUGUGCUACUGCUGAGCUUGACCGUCUUUGAGUGGAGGAAAUGUGAACUCUGUGCGAUUUGAUUGUGCCUACAGUUGUGCUCACCACAACUGUGUCACCAACAUCACGUGUGCCUGUUUGUGCUGCACGUGCUUUUUUUCGAAGUGCAAGAAAUAUUCUCUCUCCUCGUUGUCUGAUCUCCUGUAAAACUCUCUGAACUCUUCUGUAAGGAUUUGUUUUGGAUGUGAGUCACACCACAGUACCUACUCGGGUCUCAGCUAAUGGCUCCGGAACACGCCGACGCCGGUAUACGUUGUAACGCGACUCCCAUCAUGAACAAUGUAUACACUCGCAUGCAGGAGCCGCAGAUCUGCUCUUCCGCUCUGCACUCGCAGCCUGUUUUUCAUUUGCCGUUGGAAGCCCUGAAGCGUGGUUGAAAGCUGGAUCCCUUAGACAUACCUGUGGCUUGGAUGUUCAGUUUGCAAAGAACAUCCACCACUGUUCCUCACUUAGAAAGGACAGCAUACUUCAGUUCUUGUCCUUCACUAAGCACACGGUCUGAUGCGGUUUCAACCACUUUCUGACCUUUCAUCAAUGUGGAACUGAGAAAGAGAUGUGAUAUUGCCUUGUGUUGUGGUCACGUCUGUUGUCAUGGAUUAGAGAACUCAGGAAAACAGGCAGCAUGAGCAAGUUAGUCAGAAACCUAAUAAAUUCCUGUUUCAUUCAUGCUGAGAUGGAGUAAACUGUAUUAAUGACAGGGUUGUAUUUCAUAAGUGACGAGAACUUUAAGGUUUGCCUCAGUACAGGUCAUGUUGAUCAAGUGAUGGUAAAUAAGAUUUAGAGUUAAACACGUUAUAACUGAAAUUGUGAAUUCGACCAAUCUAACCACUGAAGAUAAAGAUAUCUCUACCCAGAAUGCAACACUAAAGAAAAGUAUAGAUACAUUAUAGUAUACAUUAUUUUAAUGUUUAUUCAUUUGUUUUUCUGUUCUUUGUAUAUAUAUGUUAUGAUGUAGGUCAUUUUUUUAUACUUUUUAUUUCGUGCUAUCAGUAUGAGUUCACCUGUUCUCACCCUCAGAUAGACAAAGUGACGUCCACAUUUCUCAGGUGUCCUCUGAAUGUUUGCAGAUGAUCAACUUUUUAUCAUAUUUUCUAAGACGCAGUCGAAAGGUAUCCUGCUUUUUUAGAUUUAUAUUUUUGCACUGCAGUGCAUUUUGCAUGUCUAUAAUGCGCACACACAGUUCAAAGCAUGUCUGUUUUUUGGGGGGGUUUUUUGGGGCAUAAUCACAGUGAGCAUAUCACAAUCACACAGUUCAUUAUGGAGACAUGUGCUGCAGCUUGUUGUUGAAGUAAUAACGCUUUCAGGCCGUAAUGUCAAAUCAUUGCAUUCACAAGAGAGAUAUGUUUGUUUUUAAAUCUUGUUAGGAGAGUAGUCCAGGUUUUCAGAAUAUCUUCCCUUGCUAUGUGAACUUCCAAAAUCUAUGCAUGUUGUUAUCCUUGAGUGCUACAUUUCCUUUGAACAGAUGCAGAUGUAAAUGCACUGGUACAUUUGUACUGUAGAGUAUGCAUGACCUAACACCUGCCUCGAGCAGAGCUAACUUCUGUAAAGUUGUUAACGGCGUCUUAAACAUAUCACCUCCCUUUUUCAGUGUUGAUCAUUUUUGGAGGCCCGGAAACAAGACGUCAUGUUUCCUGAUGAUGCAGAAUUUUAUACAGUUAGAGUAUUUUCUAAGUAAUAGCUCACACUCCGGACUGGGAAAUUACAAAUUAUGUUUACCAUCUAGCAGCUGAGGUGUUCAACCUGAUGGGAUAGGUGUAAUUUAUGAAUAGAUUUAACAUGACCUUGGAUGUUUGACAGCUACUAAUCAUCUCUGGAUGGAUCUUUUUUCCUGCUAUCUUCUCCUCCCUAAGCGCAUCAGUUCACUUUCUCACUAAACAAAUGCUGCACAGUGGUGGAAAGGUGUUUCUCAUGCCUUCUGCUGUUGGCAAUAGCACAAUAUGGGUAUUGCAUAAUAAGUAAUAACGGCAUGACCUUGCACAUCCCUGAAAAACAUAGCAGUCUAGAGGGGGAUUAAGCUUUGUGUUGUCUGCCAUGCCUCCUAAUAGGAUUGUGCUUGAGCAAGUGAUGUACUUGACAUGGAGGCACAGCGACGUUAGACCAUAGAUUUACCUGUACAAUAGGAUGGUAUCAGUGGUGACAUGAAGUGUAUCAAUGACAUUGUUUACUUCGUUCCUGUUUACAUGUAAAAACAUACUGAAAUGUAUAAAAAUAAUGUAACAUAAAAUAAUUUGGAUAUCACUCUUUUCUGUAAUAAAUCAUGGAUUGUAUCUUUUAAAUCAAA